AUGGCUAGCCCUAAUGUCCUUACCUUCGAUGCUGAGGGUCGAGCGGUCGAUUUUGAGGUCUGGGUCGAUGAUCUGCAGCAAUUUCUGCAGUGCAAUAGCAAGCACGGAGUCUCGCUUUUUGACCUCACGCCUGGCGCCUUUGCUGCACCUGCUGCUGAUGCUGACAAUACUGUUCGCUCGCAGUGGACCACGCGCAAUGCUGCUGCCCGUCUUGCUAUUCGUAGUCACCUGCCGUCUGUUGAGCGCGCGCACUUUAGCCAGUACAAGACCACUGGGACUCUGUACGACACUGUUGUUGCGCGCUACUCCUCCCCUGCCACUGCUGCCCUUAGCCGCCUCAUGCUGCCAUACCUGUUCCCUGACCUAGCUCCGUUUGCCACAGUCGCUAACCUCAUUACGCACCUCCGCACUAGUGACACCCGCUACUGCGUUGCGCUUCCUGCCGAAAUCUGCGCCGCGAACCCCCCCCUAUUCGGUCGGCGCUGCGUUUCGCUCCUAGUGGGAGGCACCGCAGCGAGAGGAGCAAGGGGUGCAAGGGUGCUGGAGGAGACGGCGGGGGCGACGGUGGUGGCGGUGGAGGCGGCGGAGAGGGUGGGGGUGGAGGUGGGGGUGGUGGCGGGAGUGGGGGCUUCGGUAGCGGUGGUGGAGGUGGAUGCGGCGGAGGCAGCGGCAAUGGGGGUGGAGGCGGCGGCGGCGGCGGCGGUGGGGGUGGCGGCGGCAGUGGUGCUAGUCGGGGUGGCGCUGUGCAGCGCGGAGGCUUUGGUGGUGGUCAGCGCCAAUAGCAGCAGCGCACUCGUGAGACCUUGUCGCCCCAGCAGCUUCGUGACUGGUACGCUGUGCGUGGGAGGUCUGGGGGUGCUAGUCCCUGCGCUUACGUUCUCCGCAACAGCGACCGCAUCGGGUGUUGCUAUCUUUGAUCUUGACUAUGAUGCUAUCCUUGCUGCUAUGUAUGCUGUGUCUAUUAGUGCUGAGGGUGACUGUUACAUGUGUGUUCCGCCCUACCCGGGCAUUGAGGCUGCUGCUCUAGGUGCUAGUGAGUCUGCUGCUCCAGGUGCUGGUGAGACUGCUGCCCCAAGUGCUGGUGAGUCUGCUCUCUCAGGUACCACGUCGGCUCAAGCCUUCCACACUUUCACCCUUGACUCGGGUGCUUCCGGCUCCUUCUUUCGCGACUGCACCACACUCUCGCCACAGAGUCGACCAGUGGCAGUCUCUUUGGCUGACCCAUCUGGGGGUCCGGUCCUUGCACACUCCUCCACUGUUCUGCCGUGUCCGGCGGUCCCGUCUGGCUCUCGCUCAGGCCUCCACCUCCCCUUGUUCUCCACAAACUUGGUAGCUGCGUCGGGUCAGGUGUUUGCUGCAGCGUCCCGGUCUGGUCUUGAGUCCGCCCCCUGCUCGAGUCGCCUCCUGUCUCACCAGACUCCCCUCCGUGGUCACCCCUCCCUGCCUCGUCUCCGAGGCAUGGCCUCCCAUGUCCUUGUCACUGGUCUUCCCCCGUCUCUCCGUACCUGCGUUCCUUGCGUCGAGGGGCGGCAGCGCGCCGCUCCUUACUCCUCCGAGUUACCUCCGACGGAGGCUCCCUUGCAGACUCUUCACAUGGACGUGUGGGGCCCAGCCCGCGUCUGUGGACAGGGUCACGAGUGCUACUUUUUGCUGGUCGUUAACGACUUCUCGCGUUACACCACAGUCUUCCCCUUGCGCCGCAAGGAUGAGGUCACUGAGGUGCUGAUCGACUGGAUCCGCGCUGCUCGUCGUCAGCUCAGCGAGAGUUUCGGCUCGGACCUUCCUGAACUGCGUCUGCACUUCGACAGAGGUGGAGAGUUUUCCUCCGACCUUCUGCAGGCCUUCUGUCGAGCGGAGGGAAUUCGCCAGACGUUCCCACUUCUGGCCUCUCCACAGCAAAAUGGGAUUGCUGAGCGCCGCAUUUGCAUGGUCAUAGACGUUGCCCGUACUUCCAUGAUCCAUGCGGCUGCUCCCCAUUUUCUAUGGCCGUUUGCGGUUCAGUACGCGGCGCAUCAGAUCAACCUCCAGCCCCGGCUGUCUCCCCGUGCUGUUCCCUGCGCCUUCCUUGGCUUCCCCCCUGACGCGCCUGGUUGGCAGUUUUACCACCCCACCUCGCGCCGUGUUCUGUCCUCUCAUGACGUCACGUUUGACGAGUCGGUUCCUUACUACCAUUUCUUCCCCUACCGCACUGCCACCCUCCCCCCCCCCCGCCGCUCUUCCUUGCGCCAGGUCCUCCCCCGGUAG